AUGCUCGGCUCGACAUCCUUAUCCCAGCUCAUGAAGCUUUUGGGGCCGUUGCUCCUCAUUCUCUGGUCGAUAUGGUACCUGGGAAUCUCCCGGCAGCAUGUACAGACAAUCACCCGCCAAUUCCGCAAUCAAAGGGAGCUGUUCAUCAAAGAUUUCCUCGAGCACGAAGUCGACGGACGCUUCGACGGCGCUGCCAUCGAGGGCCUAUGUGCCAGCAAGAAAUGGACAAAAGGGUUGCUAAUGAGUUGCGAUGCGGCGCCUGGAGGUAUCGGUGAAGUUCGAAACGCACACUUGCACUGCAUUCGCUUCGCGAUCGAGGCAGGAGCGGAGUUGAUCCUACCCGAAAUCAUCCCUCGCUCGGAAGACGAUAUCAAAUCCAUCAACGGACGGCCCGCCGUGCCUCUAGACCACUACUUCGACACAGCCCACCUCAGCCACGUGCUUCGGACGCAUUGCCCGCAGAUGCGAGUACACGGGUCGAUGAACGACCUGUACAACGUUCCUGAAGUCUAUGAAGCACUCCAGUUCAGCAUCUCGGACACGAACAGCAACUGGGUCAACGGCACCGUCCUAGCCGAGCCGUCCGACUGGAACAAGCAGUUUCACGACUUUAUCAACGGAAAGUCGCCCCUCGCAGACAGGGUAUACCCCUUCCGUGUCCACCUCAGACACACGCUCUGGACGUGGCCGACGGCGCGGGACAAGGCGCCCGUGGCCUCCUCGUUCGGACGCAUGCUCCGCAUCCGCCCGGACGCCCGGCGUCUCGCGGCCUCGGCGCUCUUCACCCUCGAGUCCCGGUUCCGCCUCAACCUCGACCCGCGCACGCGGUACCACCCGUCGAGCUUCGUGGGCGUCCACCUGCGCACCGAGGAGGACGUCAACGAGCGGUUCCCAGACUACACGACGCAGGCGGCAAACUACCUGCUCUACCUGUCCGAGUCCGAAUCGAACGUUGCGUUCCUGGCCUCGGGUGCCACGGGGACCAACAUUACGGCGUUUGUCAACCGCGCCGAGGACUUUAACGUCACGGUCGUCACCAAGACGGACAUUCUGGACGACGAGGAGCAGGCGGCACUGGCGGCGCUGACGUGGGAUCAGCGCGGGCUGGUGGACUACGAGAUUAUGCUGCGCGCCGGGAUGGUGGCGGGUGUGAGCGCGAGCAGCUUUGCGUGGAACCUGGCGCUGAGGCGGUCGUACGCCUUUGGGCAAGGCCCGAUGGGCGUGCCGCUUGAGCCUGGCGCGACGAUUUCGUGGAAGGACGAGUAUACUACGCUGUACGGGAGGCACGAGAACGCGUACGCCAUGAGAGCGACGGUGUGGCCAUGA